AUGUCUGAUUUCGAGAUGGCGGAAAGCCAAAACACCUUUACUCCAGUGAACCGUGCUGUAAUACGACGAGCCAGGAUGGAUGAACCAAUUCCUACAGGCAUGAUUAUCAAAGGCAAAAAGAUCCACACGAUUGAGCAAAUGCUUGAGGCCCUGGAAGAGAGUGACGCUGCAGAAAAAUAUGACAUUGCACUGUUUUGCUAUGGGAAAUUGAAUGCUGCACAUGACUUGCUCGGUGACGGCAUCUGCAGGCUGUUUGACUAUGUUAGCUCCGCAGAGUUAUGGAAGGGUCAUCAUGAAGACCAAGAGGAAUUCCAGCUUCGAUGGGAAAAAGCAGUCCAGCUACAAAAGCGAAGAGCAAAGGAUGCGAGAACAAUCGAAGGCAUUCGACAGCGAGCGCUUGUGAGAUGGGACAACCAAGACCCCGCAGGCAGGAAUACCACCGAGUUCUUCCAAUGGGUCAAGAAUCGAGCGUUUGCGGAGAAAGUUAGUAAGCUCCUGAACACAGAUAUGUCCUACGAGGAUGUCAAGCUAUCUAUCAACAACCAUGUCAUCAAGAGAUGUACCUUUGGAAAAGGAAGUGGAGCCCAGAAAACCAAGCACCUGGAACCCAGUGACCUGCUCAAGACCUGCCAGUGCCGUAUCCUGACGCCGAUUCUCCAAGAACACCUAGAUCGUGCGGGUCUCCAGAUAGACCAGGAUGGAUUCGUUUGUCCAAAAGGCGAAGGAUUUGAUCUUCCAAGGAUCGAACCAAGAGCAUAUACCCUGCCUCCGUCUCCCGAGAAGAGUGUUUUCCUACCGGAAGAUGAUGCUGCUGCUGCUGCUGCUCCCCCUGAUGAAUUGGAAGACCAGGAUAUGGAGGAAGAAGAGAGCGUGGAAUCUAGCCAGGAUUCGGAACGCGACGAGGAAAUGCAGGAUGCCCCGCCGACACAGCAGGAAGUAUUGAACAAUGCCGUUGUCGAAGAAAGCGACGAAGAAACAGUUGCCCUCGCGGAUGCACAUGCGAAGUGUGGAUGUUUACUGCGCCCUGCUACCCUGAUACGAGCCCUCAAAGAAAAAGAUUUCUCGAAGCGGAAAAAUGGACUGGUCGCAUUGCGAGCCAUUGGAAGAAGAUUAGCGAGGUCCGGAGAUAUCACUGUCAAUACUCUUUGCAGUAAGCACGCAAAGGCACUAGUGGAAGCUAUACAAAUGACUAGUGCGUCCAAGAAUCACCAGCAAUUGGUGAACCGGGUUGCCCUAUCAUAUCGACACAUUGGGAACUGGGACCGAUUUAUGAAGGACCAUCCUCGAUGGUUUAGUUUCCGGCAGGAAAACGAUCUCGGUUUCCAUCGUUUCAAGCCGCAGCACUACGCCCCUCUUGUUUCUGACUUCGCCGCUGCUACAGAAUGGCUGUCGGUUGAUACCCUGAUUGACCGGAUCUACGCUGGAAAGGCCCCUGAUAUUCGCCCGGCAAAGGAUAUGCAUAAUGAUGGCAGCACUAUACUGCCAGGUCUCUUUUCAUGGCUCGGAGAAGACCUCGACGGAGAACAUCCUGAGGGACUAUGGCCGUUGAUUCACCAGGAGUUCCGAAUGUACCAUUACCACCUGAGCAAGUCGACAACAGAGAUUGGAUGGCUUCGUGGGAUGUGGUAUUCAAACAUCCAGCAACUAAUUCGGCAAGACCUCUCCUACUACAUGUCAUACGUCUUUUUCCGACCCGAUCAUGCAUGGCGCCUGAUUUCCUACCCCUAUUACACCAAGAGCACUCAGAUUGGUGAAAAUACUAAGUUUCGGCACUUGGAUAUCAACAUCCAAGAUUAUCUCGACACAGGACGGGGCGGCAGUAUCUUGCAAGGAUCUGUAUCCUUCACCCAGGAAGAUAAACGGAAUUGUACCACGAUAUUGAAAGGGAUGCAUAAGACAGAGCGGUUAGCUGAUUGGUGGAAGAACAUUCAGUCCCGCGGGCCCGUUCCCGAUGGCCUCAUUUCUGGCAUUGAACCCCAUAUGUGGACGAGAGAUGACGAGGAGAAGUACGGCAUCCAAUGGACCCAAGAGGUUUGUGGUAUCGGUGACGUACGUCUUUCUCUCCCAUUCCUGCCUCAUGGAUCGACAGGACCGGCUACCGCAGUACGCAGAACAGGACUUGCGUGGUAUACUGCCAUUCAGGACGACCACGAAACUCUCGACUGUGCCGAAGCCAAUACAUGGGAGGAGCUUGCCGAGGCGCACCGCGCACAAAUGCCGGCUACUAAGACACCAUCUGGCUAUCCUUCAUCGCGGUAUGGCACUAUUCCAUUUCCUUUCGCGGCCGGAGUUCAAUUUCGAACAGCACGACACGAUAUUCCGAACUGCCUGGUAGGACGACAGAGAUGGGACAGCCCCUCGGUUUGUAUGGAAUUGGACGACCUUUUUGGCAAGGAUCCGGAAGUUGCAAAAAGAAUAGUUCGUGACUGGCAAGAGGAAGCCUGGUAUGAAUACCUGCGUUGCUUCGAACUCACCAAGCGCUUGGAAAAGAAGGAAUAUGGCAAGCACUCCUUCUUCUCCCGCAUUGAAAAAGGCAUGCUCGUGGACGAUCCUGAACUAGGUCUCUUGCCUGAUGGUCCCACUUCCGUCGAUGCUGAACUUCAAACGCUGUCGAACAUGCAGCAACCUACCCCCGAAGCGGAGGUUGGCCUUCCUCAUAGCGGCUAG